AUAGGUGUGCGACUAGCCAAUAGCGUUGCUUUACGGAGACUCGGGGAAACGCACAGAGAACUGCUGCUGGCAGUAUUUUUCUUUACUUAUUUGAAGAAAACCACCACCAAGCUGGAUACUCAGGAUACUGAUGAGACUUGCUGCAUGGAUACGUCCGAGCCAGCAGAGGAGGGGGAGCAAGCAGUAGAGCAGAGGCCACGUACCCGCUCUAAUCCAGAAGGGGCAGAGGAUAGAAGUGCACCUCUUCAGCCUGCGGUAGAUAGCAGGAGUGAGGGGGAGGGGGAGGCAGCCCAAGUAGAAGGCCAGCCUCCUCCUCCAGUGACCGCUCCUCCCAGCUGCCCUCUUCCUCCACCUCCAGAGUUCCAGGUCAAAACACCCAGAGUGAAUUGCCCAGAAAAAUUGAUAAUUUGCUUGGAUUUGUCAGAAGAAAUGUCCUCUCAGAAGCUGGAAUCAUUUAAUGGGUCAAAAGCUAAUGCACUGAAUUCAUCUCAGAAAAUGAUUGAGAUGUUCGUCCGUACCAAGCACAAAAUAGACAAGAGGCAUGAAUUUGCACUGGUGGUGGCAAACAAUGAGGCCAUGUGGCUCUCCGGGUUCACCUCAGAUCCACGUGAGGUGUGUAGCUGUCUCUAUGACUUGGAGACCAACAUCUGUGAGUCAUUCAAUUUAGAAGGACUUUUUAACCUUAUACAACAGCGGACAGAGUUCCCCAUUACAGAUAAUGUGCAGACCAUACCACCUCCCUACGUAGUAAGGAUUAUUUUAAUAUACAGUCGGCCUGCGUCUCAGCCUCAAAUGAUCCUCACAGAGAACAUGAAGAAAAUGCUACAAUGUCCUUAUUUUUUCUUUGAUGUCAUUUACAUCCACAAUGGAUCAGAUGAGGAGGAGCUGGGUUGGAAGGAUGUAUUUAAUUUCUUCAGCAGUUUGGACACAAAAGGCACCAGCUACAAGUAUGAAGUCUCAGUAACAGGACCAGCUCUGGAACUUCACAAUUGUAUGGCCAGGCUGCUCGCCCAUCCCCUUCAGCGGCCAUUUCAGAGCCAUGCAGCGUACAGUCUUCUAGAAGAAGAGGAGGAGAGUCCUGAGGGGGAAGUCACAGUCUGAAAUAGAUUCUUGGCUACUUUUGCUUCCUUCAGAAUUGAUUAAAUUCCUUUUUAUUUUA